AUGGCAGAAAUCCCAGCGACGCAGACCGUGCUCAUCCUCCACGCGGCGAAGCAGCCGUACGAGACGGCGGAAGGCUACCAGGUUCCCGAGAUCCAAAAUGAGCAAGAGGUGCUGGUGAAGACGGAGCACAUCGGUCUCAACCCAAUCGACUGGAAAGCACCCGACUUCAACUUCGCAAUCCCAACCCUCCCCUACAUCUCAGGCCGCGAACUCGUAGGCCGCGUCGUCCGCCGCCCGCAACCAUCAUCGACAACAGCAGCAACAACCUCCCAAAAGCAAAGUCAAAGCCGCCUCCGUGAAGGUGACCAGGUCCUCGUCAUCUCCACAGACUACCGCGACCUUCGCAAGGCAGCCUACCAGGAAUACGUCGUCACCUCAGACUUCAACGCCGCCCGCAUUCCGCCCAACGUCUCCCCGCGCGCCGGCGCGACCCUCGGCGUCGCCUUCGUCGCCGCCGCGCUCUCCCUGGCCGUCUGCAUGGGCGUAGACUUUUCCCACGUCCUCGACGGGCCGGAUCUGCUGACGAUCCUGCGCUCCGUUCCGCCGGAAAGUCUGCCGCAGGAUAUCAGGGCAGAGUGUCUUUCAGGCAUCGGCAACCAUGAAAGGGCCACGGCGGGCGACUGGGUCGUCAUCUGGGGCGGGUCGUCGACCUCUGCGAACUUGGCUGUGCAGCUCGCGCGGCUUGCGGGGUUGAAGGUCGUUACUGUGGUAGAUAAGCUGCGUCACGGCCUCCGACUGUCGAACCAUACUGUCCUCCGCCCCGAUUUACUCGUCGACAGCCACGACCCUGCGCGCGCCAUCGACAUCAUCCGCGCCAACGUCGGAAAAGACCUGCGCUUCGCGCUGGAUACCAGCGGUCGGGAGUCCGCCGGCUGGUUGCUCCGCGCGUUGACACCGUCGCAGGAUGCCAACGCGCCGCCUAGCCCGCCGGAUACGCCUCGCAACUCGGCGCCGACUGUCAAGCACCUCAUCGGUCUGACUGGUCUACCCAAGGAGCAGGCACCAGAGGCAGUCGCAUACCACACCGUCCCCAUCAAGGUCUUCCACGAGGUCCCUGCUGUGGGAGAAGCCCUCGUGACGUGGCUGGAGCGCUUGCUCGAGAGCGGCCUCGUCAGCCCGCCCGAGGUCCUCGGUGUAGAAGAAGGAUUCGAGGGCAUCAACCGUGGCCUCGACCGAAUGAGAAAGGGCGAGAUUCGCGGCGGGAGAAUGGUCGUCAGUCUCGCGCCAGAGGGGGUUGCGGGCACACAGGAAGAUGUCACGAGAGAGGCGAGCGUGCCGCCCGCGCUGGUUGAUUCGCCCAUGGCGGACGGCGUCGCGGAAGAAGAGCCUCAGCCCUCGGAAACGUCGCAGGCGUCGAGCCCUGAGUUCACCGCCCAGAAGCUUGCCGACACUGGCCUGCGGAGGGGAAGCGCGACAUUAUGGCAGGCUGGGCCAGCGGGCGAUGCGGUUCCUAGAAGCUUUCCUGACGAGCAGACUGAUGACAGGUCGAAUGCGGCGCCGAGAAGAAACUCUCUGUGGCAGCCCAAGUCAGCGGAAAUUGCGGUCGAAAAUGGCUCGUCAUGA